GCAAAGACAAAGGGAGAGACAGCGCUCAGCUUGUGACAUUAAUCAAGGAGGAAAGAAUAGGAGAGCGCGACUAUUAGCCCUCCGCGCGCUACCCAGCUCUCAGGCUUAGUCUAGCCUGCAUCCGGCAGGCUUAGAGCCAAGAUGGCGUCCAUGUACGUGUCUAAUGCUGCAGUGGGGAAGGCACGCUCAUCAAAUUUCACGCUGUCGGAGAAACUGGACCUGCUGCGACUGGCCCAACCGCACAUUCGCCUGCUGGAAGACCACACCAACAAGCACGCCGUGAUUGUGGACAAGAACCGCUGCUGGGAGAACAUCGCCCAGCGCUACAACAGCCUCGGGGGGGAGCGCCCCCCUCGCACGGCCCAAGGCCUGCGCACACUCUACAAGCGCCUCAAAGAGGCCGCCAAACAGGAAGUGCUGCUGCGAAGCCACGCCCAGCCUGAGUACCGUGGCAGCCUCAGCGAGCCAACCAAACGCGUGAUGGAGAUGAUCCCUCAUCUCUUUCACUCUCUGGAGAGGCUACAGUAUAAGAGAGACUCUCCAAUUGAGCAGCCUGGGAGCAGCUCCUCCGGUCCCACCCUGUCAGACUUUCACGGGGUGACCAUGGCGGUCCGAGUGGAGUCCGAGGACGUGAAACCGCCGCCUGACUUGCCAGCGCUGACCAAUCACGUGUCGGUGACGCCGACCAUCACGCACACGUCCACACACACGCUCGCCAUGCCCCACAGUGAAGCGGCGCGAGGACAGAGCGAGCGAGAGGACGACGAGGAGGAGGAGGAGGAAGUGGAACUAGAGGAAGAGGCGGAGAUGCACAACUACGACCCCUCCCUCUCCCCUAGCCCCUCGUCGAUACACCUUCCGCUGUCGCCCACGGUAACGCACCCGAGGCGGGGCCUGUACCAGAGAGAGCUGGUCUCGCACAGGUUUCCCGGACUGGAGGCCGAGUCGCUGCAGAUGAUGCGGGAAGAGCACGAGCUGGUCUUGGCCAAUCACAGGAAGGUGGGCCUUUACCUGGACGAAAAGAGGGAGGGGCUAAAGCGACGGCAACAGCUAGAGGAGGAGCUUCUCAGGGCAAAGGUCAAAGUGGAGAGACUGAGAGCGGCGCGGCUAAGACACGGACUACCACACGCACACAUGUGAUGCCUAUAACACACACACACACACACACACACACAUUCAUCCAUCCAUUAGGAGCACGUUCAAGCAACACUCUCCACAGGGUCCACUGCUUGAAGUGGCUCCAGCUCUUGGUCAGGAGCCGCCAUCUGAGGCAUGUACUGUACAGCAGGGCUUCUGGCUUAUCAGCUAACUUCAGCAGUAACAGCUGACCUCUAAAAGAAGUCUGCACCGAGCAUCUAUUGCUUUAAAAGUGACCUGUUCUUAUGAGUUCAACGGUUACUCUUGAAGUUACCUGCAUAAACAAGUAGGCUUGCUUUCAAGUAUAGCCCUCUGAGUUCAGUUCAAAUCUCUGUAAACUGCAUACAAUUUAGCGUAGUCCAACAAAGGAUGUCACCUACGGUCUAGUCUCAGUUUUGAAUGGUUUCAUCAACAUUGUGUAGUAGGAUUUAUGCUGACAAAAGUAGCACACCUUACUGGUUAGUAACACAUUUCUGUGAGCAUUUACCAAUCAUUGGCUUCUGUUUGAAGUUCUGUAAUGUCAGACACACUCAGUAACCGACAUGCUUCCCUUAACUCUUGUCACAGUGCCAGAUUUAAGCUUGUGCAUUUCUAGACGCCUGCAGGCUAGAGCUGCACACAUGUACAGAUUUGGAAGGAGAGGAGGGAUUUGUGUAAAUGAGA